AUGACGAUUCCAGCUUUCCCUAAAGCUGCUGCUACUCACCAGCACGGCGGCGCUGCGUCUUGUUCUGCUGCUGCUACUAGCAGCACCCCCAUCAGCGGCACUGGGCUCUUGGAUUUACCCCUCGACACCAUCUGCACCAUUCUCCACCGCUUGAAACCCAAAGAUCUCAUCGCCGCCUCGCUGACGUGUCGCACCCUGCACGGGCUCAUCGACCAGCCCAACACGUGGCUGACUCUCUGCCGGAAGUGGGAGGGCCAGCUGGCGCUCAGCGAGUGGCUCGUGCAUGCGAACUCGGCGAAAUGCCUGUUUCGCCUGUUACACACCUUGAGUCCUCUGGUGGGGGUGUGGGCCGCGGAAGAUCUCGCUCCCCGGGGCGGGCUGCUAUACGUCACAUGGGAGCGCAUGGCGGUUGUCGCUUAUCGAAUCAUCCCCGAUUGGCUUGACGGCAAUCUCAUCUCCGCGCGCCUCUUCACCAUCUCCGCCUUCCCCGACGGCACGACGCAGCUCAGCCUGGUCACGGGGAGGGGCGCGGACGACGAGUUUCCGCUCGAGCUCCCCGGCGUGCUCGUCUGGGAGUCCCCCGCGCGCGCCAAAUUCCACCUGCAGACGCUCCUCCCGCCGUCGUCCCGCUCCCCCGCGAGCUUCGCCGCAUCGCCUUUCGCCAAGGAUGCUGGUAACCGGCAUGGGGUGGAAAUUCUUAACGUCGCGGUUGAGAGCGGUGAAAUUGUUGCAACGAAAAUCGUUGGAGAUCCCAAUGUUCCCGGAGGGCAUGUUUCGUUCAAGGCUCGGAUUGACUCGGUGCAGACUGCUGCUGACGAUAGUGACCGGUGGAAUCAAGUGGUGGGCCAGGCGAGGAGCCUGAUCCGGGCGCAAGGGCAAGCCGCGGAUCCUGCUUUGGGUCAACAGCUUCAGUUCUCUAACUUGUUGGAAGGGGAAGGGAGAAUAGCAGACUACAACUUCAAGAACCCUCAAUGGGUGAAUGGAACUUUGUUGGUUGACUCAGCUGGUCGGAUCUCUUUCCUAUGGGAGGAGUUGAACUUUCUUGUUCAAAUGAAAAGGCUACACGUGGAGGAGCUCCUCUUUAAUGCAUGA